GAAAAACGAAAAAAGGUACAGGCAUUUUCACCAAAAACCCUAAUCUCCCCUAAAGUAUUUCCUUUGGCACCAUGAAUGCUAUGUUAAGAGAAAAACGCUGAUUGUUGCAAUGCAGGGUUCGAACCAUGUCCCUCCGCAGCGAAUCGACUGACCACUGGAGGGUGGCGUCCCCGGCAUUGAGGGGCGCCGAAAACGCCGUCCCCGGGUGCGCAUACGGUGGCGCGGUUUCGAGCCAGAGACUGAGGGUGAACCCGAUCAGAGACCACGUAUCGGAAUCGUACGAUGAAUUGGAGUUGGAUUUCAGCCCUUCGAUUUUCAGCUCUCUGGAGAAGCACCUUCCGAUGAAUAUGCUCAAUGCACCUCGCGGGGACAAGCUCAAGUACCUCAGAACCAUUCUCCUGGACUAUCUUCCUCCUGCCGCUCGCAUUAGGGACCAAAAGUAUAGAGAAUACACACAGAUGAUACUAUCAAAUUAUAAGCCUCUCAAUAAAGAGUUGUACGCUAUGAAUCCUACAGCAUUCUUUGUCCCAGCAUUCCUGAAAGCAAUUAGUGAUAAUAAUGAAGACAGCUUUAGAAGUAUAGUUUCUGAGCCCUUCCCUGGCAUUUUUACAUUUGAAAUGCUUCAGCCACACUUUUGUGAAUUGCUGUUAUCUGAGGUUGAAAGCUUUGAGAGGUGGGCUUUCAAAACAAAAUUUCAGAUUAUACGUCCCAAUACAAUGAAUAAGUAUGGUACUGUACUUGAUGACUUUGGCCUUCAAACUAUGCUUGCCAAGCUUAGAGAAAAUUUCAUUAGUCCUUUGUCUAAAGUGUUUUUUGCAGAACUUGGUGGAUCAACCUUGGAUGCUCAUCAUGGGUUUAUUGUGGAAUAUGGCAAAGAUAGAGAUAUUGACUUAGGUUUCCAUGUGGAUGAUGCAGACAUAACCUUGAAUGUUUGCUUGGGCAAGCAAUUUUCUGGAGGGGAAUUGUUUUUUCGGGGCAUGCGUUGUGAUAAACAUAUAAAUACAGAAAGUAUUGCAGAGGAGAUCUUUGAUUAUUCGCAUGUCCCUGGACAAGCUGUCCUUCAUCAUGGUCGUCAUCGCCAUGGUGCUAGAGCCACUACAUGGGGUCAUCGGGUUAACCUAGUUCUUUGGUGCCGAAGUUCUGCUUUUAGAGAGCUGCAAAGGUAUAAAUCAGAUUUCUCUAGCUGGUGUAAUGUGUGCACUCGUCAGAAGAAAGAACGGCAGCGCAAAACAAUAGAUAUUACCAGCUUGGAUUUGUUCAAAUGGAAAGGUGAAGCAACUGCAUGAUCUGUUUGUUUAAUGGAUCAGGGGUUGGUUGUAAAUCCAUGCAGGAACAGGACUAAUGUGAAGGGGACAAUUUUUAUAAAUUAGCUAGAAAUUUUUCCUGUAAUAAUGCUGCUGUCCAUUCCCCUCUCUCUUUGUGGAUAUUCUGUUAGCUUUUUUCUUAGUUCAUUUGUAUCUUAGAUUUGAUUGAGGUUAGGUGCAUGGUGUGCACAAUGAUUGUCGUCAUCUUGCGAUGCACUUUUGAUUAACAUGGUUAACCAUUUUAGAUUUUAGAUAUCAAUUCAAUUUCUGAUUAUGUUGGAGGUUUA